GCCUUUUCUGUUGUUGUUUGGAGUUCAGAAGGGCUGCUGGGAUGGAAAGCCUCCAGGCUGACAUAGAAAUGCUCUUUGCUGAGGAGAUUGUGUCAGUGGGCAGAGUCACUUUUGGAGAAGAGAAUAGGAAGAUGAUGACCAAUAGCUGUUUGAAAAGAAAUGAGAAUCUGAAGAUCAUCAAGGCUAUCUGUGCACUGCUAAAUUCUGGAGGGGGUGUGAUUAAGGCAGAGAUUGAUGAUAGAACCUACAAUUAUCGAUCCCAUGGGCUGGGACAAGAUUUAGAAACUUCCUUUCAGAAGCUCCUGCCUUCGGGCUCACAGAAGUACCUUGACUAUACACAGCAGGGAGACCUUCUCCUGAUUUUUGUGAAGGCAUGGAACCCAGAUGUUUGCAGCCUUCCAGUGAAGAUUUGUAGCUUGCACUCCAAUUUAUAUCGGAGAGAUGUGACCUCUGCUAUCAACCUGAGCGCAAGCAAUGCCCUGGAACUUCUUAGAGAGAAGGCAUCUAGAGCCCAAAGAGGCACACGGGACUUGCAUACUCCUCAGAGAACCCUAAACAGAUAUAUUCAAGAAGAGGAAGAUAUGAAGGUGGCUGCCUCAGAAUUCUUUGAAAGGGAUAGACUUAGGUAUAAAGAGAAGCUCAACUUUACCGAGUCAACACACGUCGAGUUUAAAAGGUUCACCAGCAAGAAGAUUGUCCCUUGGAUUAAAGAAAGGCUACCUCACUAUGUUUCUGCAUUUGCCAACACUCUUGGGGGAUACCUAAUUAUUGGGGUUGAUGACAAGAGCAAAGAAGUGUUUGGAUGUAAGAAAGAAAAAGUGAAUCCUGACUUAUUGAAAAAUGAAAUUGAAAACUACAUAGAAAAGUUGCCUACAUAUCACUUCUGCCAUAAGAAACCCAAGGUCAAGUUCACUACCAAAAUCAUAAAUGUCUACCAAAGAGAUGCCCUGUAUGGUUAUGUCUGUGUGGUUCGAGUAGAGCCCUUCUGCUGUGUGGUGUUUGCAGAGGAUCCAGAUUCCUGGAUCAUGAAGGAAAAUUCUGUCACAAGGCUGACAGCUGAGCACUGGGUGGUCAUGAUGCUGGAUGCUCAGUCAGUUCCUUCCAGUUUGGCCAGAGACCACAGUGCUCACUUGCUUUCACCAGCCUCUUCUGCACCAAGAAGCUCAGCAUAUCCUACAAAAGUCCUGGAAUUUAAGAAGGAUCUGCAACAACGUGUGUUUCCAGUGACACAGGAAGAGAUGCGAUUUCAACCAGAAUCUCUCUGUCGGCAGUUAUUCUCAGAUCAUGAAGGACUGGAGAAAUUCAUGAAGACACAGAUCUAUCCUUGUUCUCAGGGGGUUGUGAUAUUUUCUAGAAGCUGGGCUAGCGAUAUUGGUUUAAAGAAAGAGGAGAAUGUCCUGUGUGAUGCACUCUUGAUAGCCGUUAACAGCCCCUUGGUACUCUAUACCAUCAUAAAAGACCCUAGUUGGAUGGGAGGUCUUCAAUAUGCCAAAGACACUGCCCUGCAGUUAAAGCAGAAACUGCAAACUGAGGGUGGCUAUACAGGGAAGGUGUGCGUCAUUCCAAGGCUGACACCUCUGACCAGCUGGCCAGAUGGAUCUUGUGAAUUCCCUAUGUACUACCCCCAGUCCUACAGGCUCUCCAGUGAAGAAGUGGAGGACAUCUUGCAGGCCCUUGUGGUCGUCUCCUUCUGCUCUACAUCUCUUCUGAGUGACUGCCUGGGCUGUGAGUACUUCGACCUGCUUGUAACAGAGCAGUGUGAGUUGCUUUCCCAGAGCCUUCAUGAAACUCGGGAAUUGUUCAUCCACUGCUUUCCAGGAACCCGGAAGACAGCCCUGGCCAUGAAGAUCAUGGGGAAAAUUAAAGACGUCUUCCAUUGCAAACCAAAAGAGAUCCUCUAUGUUUGUGAAAGUGACUCCCUCAAGGGUUUGGUGAGCCAACAAACCCCCUUCCGUGCUGUGACCCGGAACGUGUUCAUGCAAGGAGAUUUCUCAAGGAUUAAGCACAUAGUGAUGGAUGAGACAGAGAAUUUCUGCAGUACAUAUGGAAAUUGGUACCUGAAGGCCAGGAGCAUCACUCAUCCUAAGGAGAAGGGGGAUGGAAGUGAAAACCCUCAGCACAGGAUCCUCUGGCUUUUUCUAGACCCUUUCCAAGUCCAUCAUGCAGAAGUCAAUGGCCUCCCGCCUCCUUCUGCUCAAUUUCCUCGGAGAACAAUCACCAAUGGGAUCCACUGUGCUUGGGAAAUAGCAAUGGUCAUGAAGGAAGAAAUGGAAAGGAUCAGAGAAAACCCUCUCUCCCAUGUGUCUCCAGAUAGUAUGGCAUUGUUCCAGGAAGCUGUCUAUGAGGAAGCCAUGUGUGCCCAGGCUCCACCUGGGGUGUAUGAAAUCAAGACCCAAAUGACCAUAGAACAAAUAGCAAAAUAUGUGGCAGAAAAGUGUCACGGCUUGUUCCAAUGGGGCUAUCUGCCCAAGGAUAUAGCAGUCCUAUACAGGAGACCGGAGGAAAGAGGACGCUACCAGCCUGUGCUCCUAAGAGAAAUGAACUUAAUUCACACCCAAGAAGCAACAGAGGUGGUGUUCAGCAGGGCUGCAGGUGUUCAGGACAAUCACAUUGUUUUAGACAGUGUUCAGCAGUUCUCAGGCCUUCAAAGGAAUAUUGUAUUUGGGCUUAGUUCAGAAGGUGCCCAGCCAGAGGAAUUUCAAAAGCUCUGCUUUGCUUCAAGAGCCAUUAGCCACCUCUAUCUGCUCUAUGAAAAGAGGAAAGCCUUCUGAAAAUGAUUAUAAACAACAUGGGAGUCUCUCUGCCUACAUAGGUGUCAGCUACUCCUUUUUGCAAACAAGAAAAUCAAGGUACAUCUGUGAGGCUCUGAACCACAGAGCUGUCUCUUGAGGCUCAGCCUUCACUUAUUUUGCAGUUGCCCUGUUCCUUUCCCAGUCCAUUCUUCUUCUCUGCACAAUUACAACACAUGUGUCACUGGUCUCAUGCUGCCUCCUCCAGCUCAAUCCAGCUUUUAUCCUGCCAUCUGAAGGGGUUAUCCUCAAAUAGCUGCUUUAUGAAAUCUUCUGCUCAGAUACUUCCAGUGAGUAGUCCCCCAGCCUUAAAUCACAUCAAUUCCUCAAAUGUUCCAUCAUGCAUCCUGAUU